UUUAUUAAGGGGUUGAGGCAGUACGGCAAGAACUUCUUCAGGAUCCGAAAGGAGUUGCUUCCAAAUAAGGAGACUGGAGAACUAAUCACCUUCUAUUACUAUUGGAAGAAAACCCCUGAAGCAGCAAGUUCUCGAGCCCACCGUAGGCAUCGAAGACAGGCUGUGUUUCGGAGAAUUAAAACUCGAACUGCUUCCACUCCAGUCAACACUCCCUCCAGGCCCCCCUCCAGUGAAUUCUUGGACUUGAGCUCGGCCAGUGAAGAUGACUUUGACAGCGAGGACAGUGAACAGGAACUGAAGGGCUACGCCUGUCGUCACUGCUUCACAACCACCUCCAAGGACUGGCACCACGGCGGUCGAGAAAACAUUUUACUGUGCACCGAUUGUCGCAUUCACUUCAAAAAAUACGGAGAGCUGCCACCCAUUGAGAAGCCUGUAGACCCUCCACCCUUUAUGUUUAAGCCUGUCAAAGAGGAAGAUGAUGGACUCAGUGGAAAGCAUAGCAUGAGGACAAGGCGGAGUCGAGGCUCGAUGUCUACACUACGUAGUGGUCGUAAAAAGCAGCCAGCCAGCCCUGAUGGUAGAGCCUCACCUAUUAAUGAAGACAUCCGUUCCAGUGGCCGCAACUCUCCUAGCGCUGCCAGCACCUCCAGUAAUGACAGCAAAGCAGAUUCAGUGAAGAAGUCUACCAAGAAGAUAAAAGAAGAGGUAUCUUCUCCUCUCAAGAACUCCAAGAGGCAGCGGGAAAAGGCAGCUUCUGACACAGAGGAACCUGACAGGUCUAAUGCCAAAAAAUCCAAAACUCAAGAGAUCAGCAGGCCAAACUCUCCCUCAGAGGGCGAGGGUGAAGGUGAGAGCUCUGACAGCCGCAGUGUCAAUGACGAAGGGAGCAGUGAUCCCAAGGACAUUGACCAGGAUAACCGGAGCACGUCACCCAGCAUCCCUAGCCCUCAAGACAAUGAGAGCGACUCAGAUUCAUCUGCUCAACAGCAAGUGCUGCAGGCACAGCCCCAAGUGCUCCAGGCACAGAGAAAAAAAACACCUACACCAUCAGCCCAGUUACCAGCAUCGCUCCCAGCAGUGUCGAGUGCUGCUUCAGCUCCACCACAGGUCUCGCCAUCAGCAUCCCAGCCCCCUAGCCAGCCCCAGGCCCCUGCGCCACCGCCUCCUCACUCUCACAUACAGCAGGCCCCUGCUUUGCACCCGCAGAGACUCCCAUCGCCUCACCCACCCCUGCAGCCUCUGAGUGUGUCGCAGAGCCAGCCCACCCCUGCCUCUUCGCAGCCUCACUCGCAGCCUCCGCUCCACGGUCAGGCCCAGCCUGCCCCUCACAGCCUGCAGGCGCAGCCCCAAAAAAAUCCUGUACCUUCCCAGCCGUUUUCCCUCCCCACUCAGUCAUCUCAGUCUCAGGUUCCCCUUCAGACACAAGCACCGUCUCAUUCUCACUCCGCUCUCCAGGUUCAGGUGACGCAGCCUGUCCUGCCGACUGCAACCUCACUGCAGCAGGCUCAGCCUCCACGGGAGCAGCCCUUGCCCCCUGCACCCAUGGCCAUGCCUCAUAUCAAACCUCCCCCUACUACCCCAAUCCCUCAGCUCCCCACUGCUCCAUCCCACAAGCACCCUCCUCAUCUCUCUGGUCCUUCUCCAUUCUCGAUGAACUCCAACUUACCUCCACCACCUGCUUUAAAACCUCUGAGCUCCCUCUCAACUCAUCAUCCCCCGUCUGCACACCCUCCUCCUUUGCAGCUGAUGCCUCAAAGCCAACCACUGCAGUCUUCGCAAGCCCAGCCUCCUGUACUGACACAGAGUCAGAGCCUUCCCCCACCCGCUAAUCACCCCCCAUCUGGACUCCAUCAGGUAUCCUCCCAGCCCCCCUUUUCUCAGCAUCCGUUUGCCCCAGGAGGCCCACCUUCCAUCACCCCUCCUUCUUGCCCCUCCACUUCCACACCACCCACUGUGCCCGGCAUCCCACUUCAGACUUCCAUCUCCACAUCAGCAGCUUCUAGUGGAAAUGUGCCAGUGGUGACAGCCUGCACGCUACCACCUAUUCAGAUCAAAGAAGAAGUUCCAGAUGAAGCUGAGGAACCAGAAAGCCCUCCCCCUCCACCCAGAAGUCCAUCACCAGAACCUACUGUGGUGGAUACACCGAGUCAUGCUAGUCAAUCAGCCAGGUUCUAUAAGCACCUGGACCGUGGCUACAAUUCAUGCUCAAGAGCAGACUUAUACUUCAUGCCUCUGGCAGGAUCGAAACUGGCCAAGAAGAGAGAAGAGGCCAUUGAAAAGGCCAAAAGAGAAGCAGAGCAGAAAGCCAGAGAAGAAAAAAAAGAAAAAGAGAAGGAAAGAGAGAGGGAGCGGGAGCGUGAAAGAGAAGCAGAAAGAGCUGCGCAGAAGGUAUCCAGCUCCUCCCAUGAAGGCCGUCUUGGAGAGUCUCAGCUCAGUGGGCCAGCACAUAUGAGACCUUCAUUCGAACCUCCACCGACGACCAUUGCUGCUGUACCACCUUACAUUGGUCCAGAUACACCUGCUUUACGAACACUAAGUGAAUAUGCCCGUCCUCAUGUCAUGUCGCCAACAAACCGUAAUCAUCCCUUCUUUGUCCCCCUAAACCCUACUGAUCCACUUCUGGCCUACCAUAUGCCUGGCCUCUACAAUGUGGAUCCCACCAUUCGGGAACGAGAGCUGCGAGAGCGGGAAAUCCGAGAGCGAGAAAUCCGGGAAAGGGAGUUGAGAGAGAGGAUGAAACCUGGCUUUGAGGUGAAGCCCCCAGAGCUAGAUGCACUGCACCCAGCUACUAACCCCAUGGAGCAUUUUGCCAGGCAUGGUGCACUGACUAUUCCCCCAACAGCAGGACCUCACCCAUUUGCUUCCUUCCAUCCGGGUUUGAAUCCCCUUGAAAGAGAGAGACUUGCACUGGCAGGCCCACAGUUACGGCCUGAAAUGAGCUACCCUGACAGACUGGCAGCAGAGAGAAUACACGCUGAGCGGAUGGCAUCGCUGACAAAUGACCCAUUGGCACGGCUCCAGAUGUUCAACGUCACGCCUCACCAUCACCAACAUUCACACAUACACUCGCAUUUACACCUACAUCAGCAGGAUCCCUUACAUCAAGGUUCAGCCGGGCCUGUUCACCCGCUGGUGGAUCCUUUAGCAGCUGGACCCCAUUUGGCACGUUUUCCUUACCCACCUGGGACCAUCCCCAACCCAUUGCUAGGGCAGCCACCUCAUGAGCAUGAAAUGCUCCGACAUCCAGUCUUUGGUACUCCUUAUCCACGAGAUCUGCCUGGUGCCAUUCCACCUCCUAUGUCAGCAGCCCACCAACUGCAGGCCAUGCAUGCCCAGUCAGCAGAGCUGCAAAGACUGGCAAUGGAGCAGCAGUGGUUGCAUGGGCAUCCUCACAUGCAUGGUGGUCAUCUACCGAGUCAGGAAGAUUAUUACAGUCGACUGAAGAAAGAAGGCGACAAACAGUUGUAAUAAAUUAUUUAUUUGUAAUGCUGGCUAUGGAAACCCCAGUCCUUGGGAAGGAGUGGAACAUUUUUACAUACAAUAAGAGCUACAAAAGGAAAAGAAUAUCUUAUAAAGAUUUCUUUAUAUAUUUAAAACAGAAACAACCACCCAACAAGUAGAGACUUAUCAGCAUAGUGUUCAUUUGUAGAGAAGAUUUCUCAAGACUGGUGUGGGUCUCCCUGCAUGACAACGUAUUCAGAAGCCUAUUGAAAAUACAGGACUGUGUGGAAUAUUCAGAGAACUUCCUGCAAUCUUGUUUUUUUUUUUUUCUUCUUACUAGUUUGUUUUGAGUAGGUGCUAGAAUCAGGUUCACAACACAAGUCACUGUGCGUGAAGAGACACUCAAUGCAUCUAUAGCUAUUUUAAAAAAAACAAGGAUUGCAAGUAGGUGACAUAACAAGCUCUGAAUCCAAGUGCUAUAAUAAUAAAAAUCUACUUUUAUUUUAAUACAUUGUAGGAAAUCUUCAUAAUUUUAAAGAGAGCUCAGUUCUGCAGCAUGGCUUUUUAAGUCUGUAAAUAACUUUUUUGGGUAGAGGGGAGAAACAAAACAAAACAAAACUCCAGAAACC